UUGCCAAAUUUUUAAGCUAGCUACGCAUGCGCGUUCCUCACUUCUUGGUUGUAUCGGGAGACAUGGCGACGUCCCUGAUUUGCGGCUGUUUGACGGCUAGCCUGAGAUCUUCGGGGGCCAGGAACACUAUCAGCUCCGCUUCUAAGGUUCUUGGUGGCUCCGCCGGUGUGUUUGGUGGCCAUGUGUCCCAGCUGCAGCCUCCCCACCUGCGGCAGCAGCAGAGGAACCUCUCCCUACACGAGUACAUGAGCAUAGGCCUGCUGAAAGAGGCCGGGAUCGCUGUACCGGCGGGAAUGGUGGCCAGCUCCUCCAAUGAGGCGUACACUGUGGCUAAGCAGAUCGGUUCCAAGGACCUGGUGGUAAAAGCUCAGGUGCUGGCUGGAGGGAGGGGGAAGGGGACGUUUGAGGGUGGUCUGAAGGGUGGAGUGAGGAUCGUCUACUCUCCAGAGGAGGCCCGAGACAUUUCCUCUCAGAUGAUUGGUCAAAAACUGUACACCAAACAGACCGGGGAGGCGGGUCGAAUCUGCAACCAAGUGUUCAUCUGCGAGCGCAGGUACCCGCGCAGAGAGUACUACUUCGCCAUCACAAUGGAGAGGUCUUAUCAGGGUCCUGUGCUGAUUGGCAGCUCGCAGGGGGGCGUGAACAUCGAAGAUGUGGCGGCAGAAAAUCCAGACGCCAUAGUGAAAGAGCCCAUUGACAUUGUGGAGGGUAUUAAGAAGGAGCAGGCUGUCAAGGUCGCUCAGAAGAUGGGCUUCCCAGCAGCUCUGGUGGAUGAGGCGGCGGAGAACAUGAUCAAACUUUACAAUGUUUUCAUCAAGUACGACGCCUCCAUGGUGGAGAUCAAUCCUAUGGUGGAGGACUCCUCUGGUAUCGUGAUGUGCAUGGAUGCCAAAAUCAACUUUGACUCCAACGCAGCGUAUCGCCAGAAGAAGGUGUUCGAGAUGCGGGACUGGAGUCAGGAGGACCCCCGCGACCGGCAGGCAGCCACGGCUGACCUCAACUACAUUGGCCUGGACGGGACCAUCGGCUGUCUGGUAAACGGCGCAGGUCUGGCUAUGGCCACCAUGGACAUCAUCAAGCUCCACGGCGGCACACCAGCCAACUUCUUGGACGUGGGGGGCGGAGCCACAGCUCAUCAGGUGACGGAGGCGUUCAAACUCAUCACUUCAGACAGGAAGGUUCAGGCCAUCCUGGUCAACAUCUUUGGAGGCAUCAUGAGGUGUGAUGUCAUCGCUCAGGGCAUCAUUAUGGCUGUGAGAGACCUGGAUCUGAAAAUCCCCAUCGUAGUACGGUUACAAGGGACGAGAGUGGACGAUGCCAAAGCUCUGAUAGCUUCCAGUCCUCUAAAAAUCCUGGCCUGUGACGACCUCGACGAAGCCGCUAAAAUGGUUGUAAAGCUUUCUGAAAUUGUUUCCUUGGCAAAAGAGGCUCAAGUGGACAUCACCUUUCAGCUGCCCAUCUAAGAAACCCUCACUUCUCCCUGUUCCCCCCUCAGCGACCCAUGCCUCCACCCCCACCCCACUCACUGACAGUAGGACCGACUUCUCCAGAAGAUGCAUCUAGCUUCAUCUCUAUCGCCCUACUGGCUCUGUGGCCUGAUGGCAAGACUCUGAACAGAUCUCACUUCGAGCAAACAGCCUUCCUGUUUUUCCAAACGAUCUUUCAAUGUUGCAUUGCACCUAAGAUGAUACGCACAACCCCCUCAGCCUUUAACCCCUCCUCUACUCACUGCAGCUCUGAGAGCAUGACUCGUGAUCAGUCUGUCUGUCUCCUACAGUACUUGUUAGAAAAACCUGGUGAAUAAACACAGCAGCUGAUUCUGUUUUUACUUCAGUUUGUGACAGAAAAAUCAGUUUUUAGCCGCAUCAUUUAUACAAGCUAGGAGGUGAAAUGGCUGCAGAGAAGAAUGUUAGUUUUUCAACUUGACCUUCAGGAGUUUAAAGCCCAGCAGCUCUGAUUUAAUAAUGAUCUUAAUAGAGACACUGUUUCAGAAAAUGUGCUGUUUCCUCCCCACAGCCCUCUGGGUAACUCUACUCCAUGGUUUAGGCAGAUCUACAACAUCUAGUUCAUUACCGAUCACAUAUAGCUGAUGGUGAGUUUCAAAGCAGCCUUGGGGCCUAUCUUUUUAAGUAUUAGAAGGUUUCUCCUGUUAGCCUCAGCUCCAGACUGCGGAAUGAAAGGUUUCUAAAUUAACUUUGACCUCUUCAGACUCAGGCUCAUUGAUCUUUGCCGGCUUCGAUGCAUUCAGAUUAAAAGCCUGUAAAUAUUUGCUCCUGUGGUGGAGCUCGUGUUCAGGCAUGGUAAACAUGGCUGAUCCAUCGCAGCCAGCUGGGUUUUUAUUCAUUUGAGGACGUCUUCCUUUUCGGUUUUUAAAAUCUUUAAGGGAGAAAUGGGAAAACCAAAAGAUGAGUGACAGCAGGAUUCUCUUAGUUUACUUGGUGUCUCUCGCUCUGUUUUAUUGAUUAUGGGGGAGAAAUCCUCUGGGUCCUUUCAGCGCUGAUGAUUAACUGCAAAUAGCUGCUGGAUGAGGUUGGUCGUGGACCUUUCUAACACAAGAGUUUCGAGAAAACCUUUGGAUAUUUCUGACUUGAAAUCACCAAUCUCCCAAUCAGUAUUUUUUGGUCCCCAAUAUGAUCCAAGUCAUUGCAAUACAGACAUUUGCCAAUCUUAACUCCCAGUCUGGUACUUUAUUAAAAUCAGUGCAUGUUUAUACAUUAAAAUCACAACAGGAGUUUCUACAGGACGUGCAGCUCCAACAUGGGGUUAACGCUGUUGAGAAAGUUACUUUAAUGUCCUCACGACUUGUCACUGUACUCGGGGUAUAGCAUAAUUUAUUUUGUAUUUUAAAUAUAUGCAGACACACCCGGUUUGAAACAAACACCUGCAGUAUUCAGUAAACUCUAAUCUCUGCUCCUGCUGAAGAUGUUUUCAAAGCUGGCUGCACACAGUAUGCUGAUGAUUGAGGAUGACCUGGAGAUAUUGGGAGUUGGGUUUCAUCAGGUACUCCAAUACCUGGUUCCUAAAAAUUAAGGUAAUCAGGUGCCUGGGGUGAAAUCCGUGAUCGGAUCAGAACAUCCCCACCUGAAAGCUAAUCAUACUUUCUUUGUACAGUCCCUUUGGAACUAUUUGAACCUCACAUCCUGGUACACUAUACUAUAUACUACUAAUAUACAUAAACAACAAUUUAGCCAACAAUAAAAUAAAAAGAUAUUGGUUAGUGUCAUAAAUUGUGUCUGUAGUUCUUAACCUUUUGUGUGUCUGUGUGUUGUAGGAAAUAACCUUUUCUUUUUCACAGUGUAAAAGAGAAAAGCUUAUAGGCUCAUAGUGUCUGAAGCAUGUCAUUGUUGUUUUUUGCUGCUUUUCUCUAAUUGGCUGAAGUAGUGUUCAGGAACUAGGAAAUAAAAGCUGCUGAUCCCGACUCACAAACUGAACCGCAUUCCUGUUGAAUCUCAAACCUCCUCUUGAGUGCAGGUUCAGAACAGCUCUCUUAGACUCAUUAAGGUCUUUAAAAUCAUCUCCUGCAGUCUAAACUUAACAUGCAAAGUUUCUGUUUGCAUGUUAAGUAACCAGAAAUAAACAGUUUGCUGCUGGACUUUUCAGUUAAUUUAUUAGAUGACUGUAUCACCUUUUAUGUGAAAUAUAUCUGGCAAGAGCUCUUCCUGUUGUACCACAGAGCAGCAGCUGCUUCAUUUGUUUGUGUAGGUAAGGUCAGAGUCUUGCUAGUCUGCGUCGCCUCAGAUGAGCUGUUAAGCAGCUGUUUUCUCUCCUUCCCUUUGGCUUCCCCGCCUCAGUGUUGCAAACACAAGCAGACGUUGUGAGUUGUACGUUAGUUUAUCUUGUAAAUAACCAGACUGAUGUUCUCGCUCUGUAACAUAUUUAUGAUCCUCACAAAGAAAAGAAUAAAUACAGAGAGCAAAAGCAA